GUCGGUUGGUUGGUUCGGUUUUGGGGUUAUUUUUUUCAUCCCUAGUGGGGGAUUCAGCAGUGAGCUGUACCUAUAGGAUCUCUGAAAUAGUGAUCCGAUUCUGCAAAUAAACAUUGGAAGGGGAAAGGAUCAGGAAGACGAAUCGAUACAGAGCGAGAAAGAAGAGAAAGAAGCCCCCCCCCCAAGUCUGCUGCAUCUGCUGCCGUAUCCCGGUGACCUAUAAAGAUCUCGAAAUAUCUGUGACGCAGAUUCUGAUAGCGAUUACUUCUAUCUCUUUCCUCACGCUAACCUCUCUCUGCACACACAUAAACGAGACAGAGAUAAUAUAUACAUUACAUAAACAUUACACCCACGCGGCCACACACAUGCGUUUCCUCUGUUCCUUAAAACUAAAAUAAACGUUUCUUUUGCUCUUCGUUUUGCGUCUUGUUUUCUUUCGAUCGACAGCUUCUUCUCUUCUGCUUUUGAGAAGGAGAAAAUGGCGUGUUCGUCGCCGCCGACGUCGAUCAAGGGUGCUGUGGUUGAUAAUGAGGAGAGGCCACAUGUUUUAGCUGUUGAUGACAGUUUAGUGGAUAGAAAACUCAUUGAAAGGCUACUCACAAACUCUGCCUGUAAAGUGACCACCGCAGAGAACGGGCAAAGAGCAAUGGAAUUAUUGGGCCUAGGAGACGGACAACAUACCAUCAAUAACAGGGAGUCUAUAAAUCUGAUCAUUACUGAUUACUGGAUGCCAGACAUGACCGGGUAUGAAUUGCUUAAAAAAAUCAAGGAGUCGUCGGACUUGAAAGAGAUACCGGUAGUGAUAGUGUCGUCUGAGAAUGUUCCAACUCGAAUCAAGAAAUGCUUAGAGGAAGGAGCUCAAGAGUUCAUGUUGAAGCCUCUCCAACAAUCAGACGUGAAGAAGUUGAGAUUUCACAUGAUGAAACUAAGCAAACCAACAAAGAGCAUGCCCUUACCCAAAUCUGCACACAAAUUCUAGAAGUCGUUGACUCAAAACCCCUAAAAAGAUGGUGUUGGUUGGCGAUGGUUUUGAGUGGGAGGAAAAUUUUGGUGACUGAGAUUGGGAGAAUCAAAAGCCUUGAACUUCACGAAGUUUUCUUCAUGUUUGAAGCUCGCGAUGGUUGUGGUGGUACGUACCUGGUGUUGUUGGAUGGGGUUGGAGAAGAUUUUUUUCUCUCGGUGGCCAGGGGAGGAGGAACGAAGGGAGAUGGAGAGUGUGGCAAAAUUGUGUUUAAUAAGUAAAACUCAAACUUCUAUUCAAAUUGUGCGUAAAAGUUUGAGUAAAGGCUGGAGAUUAUGGGAGGCUAUGGAUGGAAAGGUAAUGGAUUGGGCUCGAACAUGAAUAUUUGAGAUUUUUGUUUUAUGAAUUACGGGCAAAACAAAAUGCAUGCAAAUGUACAGCACGCAAUUCGAGUUGUACGUAUGGAUUCUUGAGAAAAUAUUUUCACUUGAGCAGAUGUUAUGAAGUCAUGAGCAAAGUUAU